GAACAAAAAAGCCGCAAUCCCUGUUUCACUUUCCCAUUUGCUGCGCAUAAUGUUCAAAGCACUAGCACACUAAUUUAUUGAAAGCAGCUCAAGGAAGUGAACUGAGACAGUGAGAAAUCUAAAGAUUAAGCUGAAAAAUGGGUGUUUCUAUUCCUGUUCUUGUAAUUAUAAUAUCCCUUCACGCCAUUGCCUUCGUACUCGCCGUUGGUGCUGAACGACGGCGUAGCACGGCAACUGUGGUGCCGGACAAGUAUGAUGAGCAGACAUACUGUUUGUACGGCACCGACGCAUCGACGGCGUACGGUUUGACGGCGUUUGGGCUGCUAUUGAUUAGCCAGACGGUGGUUAACGGCGUCACCAGGUGCUUGUGUUUUGGCAGAGGGAUGAUGGCUGGGGGCUCUAAAACUUGUGCCAUUUUCUUCUUCAUUUUCUCAUGGGUUAGCUUUUUGGGAGCAGAGGCGUGCUUAUUGGCAGGAUCAGCAAGGAAUGCUUAUCAUACCAAAUACCGUGCAAGUUUUCACAUCGAGCACUUAUCAUGUACAACUCUCCGGAAAGGUGUAUUUGCAGCUGGUGCUACUCUAACAUUAUUAUCAAUGAUGGGUUCUAUCCUGUACUACUGGUCCCAUUCCAAGGCUGAUACGGGUGGAUGGGAAAAGCAUAACAACGAAGGUGUUGGAAUGACCACUUCAAGUUUUGCAGAAAAUCAGCAGCAUCAAAAGAGCAGUGGAUUUUAAAGAGUUGACUGGGUUCAAUGAGAUUUGUGGAGUGGGUAUGAAAUUUUACUGAUAUGAAGAGGUCCUUACUCAGCUAUGUAUGUACUGCUUUUGAAAAGCAAAAGUCAGUGUAUUGUAUUGGUUGUUUCCUUUUAACAUUUGUUCUGUUAAUUUUGGUGUCUUAAAUUUUUGUUCAAAUCCGUGCAA